AUGCCUGUCAGGAGAGGCCACGUGGCCCCCCAGAACACUUACCUGGAUACAAUCAUCAGAAAAUUUGAAGGACAAAACCGCAAGUUCCUCAUUGCCAAUGCACAGAUGGAGAACUGUGCCAUCAUUUACUGCAACGAUGGUUUCUGUGAGAUGUUCGGAUAUUCCCGGGUGGAGGUAAUGCAACGCCCCUGCACCUGUGAUUUCCUCACUGGGCCUGAUACGACACAUCACUCCAUCGCACAGCUGGGGCAAGCAUUGCUGGGAUCAGAGGAGUGUAAACUGGAGAUACUCUACUACAGGAAAGACACAUCAUGUAUCCGGUGCCUGGUGGAUGUAGUCCCAGUAAAAAAUGAGGAUGGAGCUGUAAUCAUGUUCAUCUUGAACUUUGAAGAUCUGGCAGCUCUCAUUGCCAGAAGUGCCCGACAGAGCCUACACCACCGUCUGUCUCAAGGAUGGCGAACAGAAGCCUCCCAGAUCAAGCCCAGCCAGAAUUCCACAUCAGACUCGGACCUCAUGAAGUACAGAACCAUCAGCCAGAUUCCACAGUUCACCCUCAACUUUGUGGAGUUCAACCUAGAAAAACAUCGCUCCGGCUCUACCACAGAGAUUGAAAUCAUCGCACCGCACAAGGUGACAGAGCGCACCCAGAACGUCACAGAAAAGGUCACUCAGGUCCUGUCACUAGGUGCUGAUGUCCUCCCUGAAUACAAGCUGCAGGCUCCGCGCAUCCACCGAUGGACCAUCUUACACUACAGCCCUUUCAAGGCAGUCUGGGACUGGCUGAUCUUACUGUUGGUCAUCUACACAGCCGUAUUCACACCGUACUCAGCUGCAUUCCUGCUCAAUGAAGAGCAGGAGGAAAAGCACUUGGACUGCAGUUACUCAUGUGAUCCACUCAACAUCAUUGACCUCAUUGUUGACAUCAUGUUCAUUGUUGACAUCGUCAUCAAUUUCCGAACUACCUACGUCAAUGUCAAUGAUGAGGUAGUAAGCCACCCGGCCAAGAUCGCCAUCCACUACUUCAAGGGCUGGUUUCUCAUUGACAUGGUGGCUGCAAUCCCAUUUGACUUGCUCAUCUUCCGGUCAGGAUCGGAUGAGACAACAACUUUGAUAGGGCUACUGAAGACGGCUCGGCUGUUGCGCUUGGUUAGGGUUGCCCGUAAGUUGGACCGCUAUUCUGAGUAUGGGGCUGCAGUGCUCUUCUUGCUCAUGUGCACUUUUGCCCUCAUUGCCCAUUGGCUGGCCUGCAUCUGGUAUGCCAUUGGCAAUGUGGAACGACCAUACAUGGAACACAAGAUCGGAUGGCUGGACAACCUGGGUGACCAGAUUGGCAAGCGCUACAAUGACAGUGACAUCUCCUCUGGUCCCUCCAUCAAGGACAAGUAUGUGACAGCUCUCUACUUCACCUUCAGUAGCCUCACCAGUGUGGGCUUCGGCAACGUUUCACCCAAUACCAACUCUGAGAAGAUCUUCUCCAUCUGCGUCAUGCUGAUUGGCUCUCUGAUGUAUGCCAGCAUCUUUGGCAAUGUGUCUGCCAUCAUUCAGCGACUGUAUUCAGGCACAGCCCGCUACCACACGCAGAUGCUCAGGGUGAAAGAAUUCAUCCGCUUCCACCAGAUUCCCAACCCACUCCGCCAGCGCCUUGAAGAGUAUUUCCAACAUGCCUGGUCCUAUACAAAUGGAAUUGACAUGAAUGCGGUGCUGAAAGGCUUCCCAGACUGCCUGCAAGCUGAUAUCUGCCUCCAUCUCAACCGCACUCUCCUCCAAAAUUGCAAGGCCUUCCGAGGAGCCACCAAGGGCUGUCUGCGAGCCUUGGCCAUGAAGUUCAGAACCACUCAUGCACCUCCAGGCGACACCCUUGUGCAUUAUGGAGAUGUCCUCACCACUCUCUACUUCAUCUCACGGGGCUCCAUUGAGAUCCUUAGGGAGGACAUUGUUGUGGCCAUCCUAGGGAAAAACGACAUUUUUGGGGAGCCCAUCAGUCUCUAUGCCAGGCCUGGGAAGUCCAAUGCAGAUGUGCGAGCGCUCACCUAUUGCGAUCUGCAUAAGAUCCAGAGGGAGGAUCUCCUGGAAGUCUUGGAUAUGUACCCAGCCUUCUCCGACAAUUUCUGGAGCAAUCUGGAGAUAACUUUCAACCUGAGAGAUGCAGACAGCAUUCCUCGUUCACCACUCAGUGAGGAGUACACCUGCAACUAUCGCCGGGCACGCCGUCGCAAGCAUUCCCUCUGCAAGGCAAACAAAAUUGAUCCUGAUGGCUUGGAUGCAGGCAUCUCAGACCUGGAGCAGUACCACGCAUAUUCUGAGCUCACACAACUACAGGAUCCCCGUAGCAAGAAUCACUGGGAUGACAUGUGCAGCACUACCACACCCUGCUCCCAGACCAGUGAAGAGGAAACUAAAAUGCUCUGCUCUCCAAAGGGUGAAUCCUUCGGCAUCAGUGAAAAAGCCAACUAUGCAUCAGCCGUGGUAAACCUGGUGCCUGGUGGCACAGAGGAUGGCCAACUGGUGACUGAUGACAGCCAGUCUUAUGCAGCUACACCACUGGAUGUUUCCAACUUAUUCACGUUCUGGGAAGACAAGAGGCCUCGCUCCUUCCCAGAACCUCUGCAGCACAUGUCUUUGGUCCACAACCCACUGGAUGUAUCCUUAAAUCCUGAUGAUAGGCCGCGACAGAUCGAAUCCAAACUGGAGUGCUUGCAGGCACAGCUCAGCAGGGUGGAGUCCAGGAUGGCUUCUGACAUCAAUCUCAUCCUGCAGCUGCUGCAGCGACAGCUGUCCCAAGUGCCCCCCGCAUACAGCCCCAUCUCACCCUCCUCCCAAAACCUGUCUCUGUACAGCAUCAGCCUCAGAAGCAUGGAGCCUAUCCCACCCCUGGAGGAAGAGGAGCUGACUCCCACCAAGCAGACUCCAAGCUACACGGAUACUGAAAAAGCGCAGCUGAAAUCCAGGGACUCCUUAUCGAGUGGUGUACACCUGACUGUGGCUUCAGAUGAAACUAUGACAAUCAGCUCUGAGCAAGAGCAUUACUCACAGGCCCUGCCAAACCUAGACCCCUAUCAGAGGGCAGCAGGCAGCCGGGGACUAUUCCAAGGAUCUCGUUUCCCUUCACUCCCUGAGCAUCUCGAGGCACCGUCUGAGCACUCGGACAUGCAGAGAUACCUCUCUGACCCAUGGCUUCCAGGAAGUUAGGAAUCUAGUAGAGUUUAAAGCCAUGUUGAGAAGAACCGGACCUGAGAACUUGAUUAGCUGGUUUUAAUGGUGGGACUUGAAAGACAAUACUAAUGGCUCAGGGGUAAUACUUGCACCCAUCUCCUUCUUCCUCUGAACAGAGGACAGUUUAAAAGUGAGUUGGCUUCCAAGAUCAUUGAUCUUAGAAAUGGUACUCCAUAGAGUAGGCUUCAGGUCACAUUCUUACCCCAACUGCCCCAGCCUCCAAAAAUGACACAGAUACUGAUUAACAUCUUGCAUAUAUGUGCUCAUGUGCAUGCAUGCACACACCCCCAGAUCUUGCAUUUUCUAACUGCAAACUGUCUAGACACAGGGGUCUGCAUCUAUUUCUACAGCUGCUGAAUUCUCAAAUCCUCUCUAUAUCAUUCCUCAAGUUAGAUGCAGUAAUAAGUACCAGCUCACAUCUCUAAAGUAACAAAUUGGACCCUCUGUGACAGUUGUGGGAAGGGGGCUUUUCCCAUGGCAUUUUAGUACACAUUUUGCUAAUGAAGAGGAUUUGGGCACCUAUUGUGGCCUGUAAGCUCCUCCCUCUGCGCUGUGAGGGUGAAGUGUAUACAAUGAGAAGAGUCAAUCUUCCAUGAGAGAAGGGGUCCAAGGCAUUAAAACUAACUUUGACUUUUUCUUGUGUGAUUACAUAUGCCUUCUUGUGUCUAAAAAUUUCCUUUGUAUCUGAGGUCAUGCAAACGGGCUGCGAGGCAUACCUCACAACUUUUCCUCCCCAGGGAAUCUUCAUGCUGACCCCCCACCCCCCGACCCGCUUCCUCCAUUGAUCUAAAACACACCCGACUGAUAGCACAUUUAUCUCCAAGCUAGAUUUUUUGGUUACUUUUACACCAUUCGUUUGUUCAUGUGUUCAUUCGUUCACUCAUUCCUGUGGCUUAAGCAACAGGGUUCUCAUGGAGAUGUUUACACCCUUGUGGUGGUUUGGCAACUUUGUACCCCGCACCCCCUAAAAAAAAAAAGUAGAAGCAAAGGUGGAAGCUUGUGCACUAUUAAACAUAGACCUUCUUUUGUGGGAGGAAAAUGUGAGUUUUGUUGUUGUUGUUCAGAUAGAUUUUAAAAAUUGCCCCACAAAUACUUCCUGCUGCCCAGUAUUAUUCUCCAUGUUGUAGAAUGGAUGGGGAGGUAAAGCUGAGAGACAUGGUGCCCCUAUGAUGGGCUUUAUUGGGCUGAUGAAGAGUCCCCCCUGCCCAACAGCCUGCCAUUAACAUGACCACACUGUAAACUACAAGGAGUUGAGAGAUAGUGGCUUAUGACAACCCUGUAAUGUAGUCUGCUGUUGAUAUCCCCAUAUUGAAGUUGGGGGUGGUGGGUA